UGUCAUAAAGAAAAAAAUGAAAAGAAAAGCGAAAUGUCAUGAAGGUUAUAAAAAGUAUAUGAAACGAUUGUACUGUAAGCGAGAAAAUGUCUGUGCAAAUAAAAUUAAACACAUUUCAAGAAGGAAGGCAAAAUUAAAAAAACCUAAUUCAAAGGCUAAAAAAAGAUGUAAAUCUAAAACUACGCCCUUACGUUCGAAAAAACUUCGAGGAUCGUCAACGUACACAAUCUACUGCAUUGCAAAUUGUGGCUUUUUAAAGAGUACAGGCAAUCUAUCGAUAUCGAUUGCCCGUGCCUUAUUGCGUUUGUACAACAAUGCUGAUCAGGAUAGAACAAAAUCAAAAAUUUUAUACAAGUGGGAAUGUAGUGGGGAAAAAUUAAAUAUACUGAAAGGUAUUAAUCACAAGCAUUUAAUAUUCCUGGAGGACAAUCUACAAUACGCGGCUGUAGAUAUGUUUAUGCUUUACAAAGUUUGGGGAAAACAUGAAGUUGCAUUGGUUCUAGCAGUAUUAGGAUCCAAGGAAAAACUUGAAAAAUUGCUCGAGAAUUUAUCACAUUUGCAUUGAGAUGUGAUAUUCCAAACUGUACAAUCUCUCAUUUAUUAGGUACGAGAUUCUAUUUUACACAACUCCAGUCAC